AUGAUCUUCCCGGGCGCCGGCGGACCAGAACUCGACAAAAUGGCAUCGGAAAAGGUGAAAAAGGACAUUGGCACAUUUAUCACUUUCGGACUCUUGGUGGAAGCCGCCGCCUUCGCCGCCCACUACUUUGGAAUCGACGGAAUUCUCAUCUGA